AUGCGAGCGCCCAGUGGUUACGAUCUAGAUGAGCUUGAGCCCCGACCGACUGACGGGCUUCUCGCAACCGAAACUCCAGAACUAACGCGGAGGAGAAAACCUCGGAUAGAGCCUCGACAGCGAACGACAGAAAUACCACCCGAUGUUCGGAGCGAAGAGGAAUUCUUUGCGCAUACUCAACCCCUGUUUACUGGGCCACCACCUCCGAUUGCCCGGUCAGUUUGGAUGAAGGGUCAAGGGCGUCAUGGCCGAGCCAAAAGCCCAGCGAACAGCACUCUACCACCCUCAAAGCAAAUCGCGACCAGCCUCCUAAAUCUCGGCAGCGUAUUGUUUGACAACCGAGAGAGACACUCUGAGCUGCUCACGCACCCGGCCUCAGACUCCGUCUGGCACAACCUACGUCGCCGCGAAAAGGCUGUCGAAAAGGAUCUUCAGCAUGCGCUAGACAUGCAGACAGAUGCCCUGUUAGGCGAGUUGGAGGAGCGGCUGAUCGGGCUUCGAAAUAAGAAGAGGUGGGUUGAUGAUAGGAUAGACGAUGUCCAGAACCGCCGCGAAGCAGGUCUGAGUGGCUACAAAGGCGCCCUCCGCGAGAUGCAGUCCGACGUUGCAUCGCUCAUGAGUCACCCGCCCGUAGCACCCUCGACCGAGAGCUUUGGGCUCUACGUAAUCAGCCGCAAGGAAACGAACAAAGCGUGCAUGGUCCUCGAAGACACCACGGCUCAAACCAAGGGCAAGGGCAAGGGCAAGAUGCCUAACCACCAAGAUAUGGCCAAUCAGAUCCUAUCUCAGAUGGCCCCUGUGAUAACCGGACUAGAUACUAGGCUGCGGGAGGCAGAGGGCAAGCAGUGGAACCUUCUUAUAUGUGCCAUCGGUGCGGAGCUUGACACAUUUAGAGAAGCUGAAAAGGUCCUUCAAGUUAGUACGCGCUCGGCUGCUAAGGAUACUCUAAUUGACCAAGCACCGCACGAGUCCGACGCAGAUGUUUCGAGCGUCAGAACCGAGUCCCCGGUUUUCAAGCCUAGCCUAGCUACUCUCGAUACGACGAUAGGGAGGAAAGCGACGAUGACGUUCCGCAGGAUCUACUCACUUCGCCCACAGAAGCGCAACACAACACCCCGAGAGCGAGGUCGCCCAGUAUUGAACAGCCCCCGCCGUUCGAUCGCAGCGACAGCGAGAAUUCAGUCCCGCAAGAGUAUUUAG